AUGGGGGUUUCACUUUCAUACGUUCUGUUGGUUUUGUUGCUCUUAUGGCCAUUAGUUGAAUCUCAAUCUGGUUCUGAAUUUAAGUCUGCAAGGGCUCUUGAUGCACUUCUUCAAGAUUAUGCUUAUAGGGCAUUCGUUAUUCCGAAAACUGGUGUUUCGUUCAAUGGUGUUGUCCCUAAGAACUUGACUGGCAUUAAGAUAUCAGCAUUGAGGCUUAGGGGUGGUAGUAUGUUUACUAGAGGUGUUCCCACAUACAAAGAGUUCAGAAUCCCAACUGGGAUCAUCGAGCAUCCAUAUGUGGAGAGGCUUGUUUUGGUGUACCAAAACUUGGGUAAUUGGUCCACGACGUAUUACCCUUUACCUGGCUACAUGUAUCUUGCUCCUAUGUUGGGUCUUCUUGCAUACGAUGCUUCAGACUUAUCGGCCAAAAACCUACCUGAAUUGGACAUCCAAGCUUCUGAAGAAGCCAUUUCGAUACAUUUUGGGCAGGUGAAACCUGUCCCUGAUGGUUUAAAGCCAAAGUGUGUCUCGCUUGAUCUACAUGGUCGGGUGAAUUUCACAAAUGUAGUAUCUGGCAAUAGAUGUUCGACUUUCAAACAAGGGCAUUUCUCCAUUGUAGUAAAAUCGACCGCCCCUCCUGCACCACUACCUCCUUCAACGUCUGAAUCAGUUCCCCGACCAAGCCAUGAAGGUGGAGGGAAUCAUUCGAGGGUGUGGGCUAUUGUUAGCUCUGCAGUCGGUGGAUGUGCAUUGUUGGUGUUGUUGGCAUUGUUGGUGUUGUGGAUUCGGGGAUACAAAAGGAGGAAAAAGAUGCAUAAAAUGGAACGGACUGCAGAUGCGGGUGAAGCAUUGCACAUGACCACGGUUGGGAGCUCAAAAGCACCCGCGGCCAUGGUCACAAGAACACAACCAACCCUUGAAUCGGAGCACGCACCAUAA